AUGGGUCAGAAGUCGAAAGAUACUUUGUCCGUGCGGCCGCAGAGCCGCUCUGGUCGUUCGCGCAGUCGUUCGCCCAAGCCCAAGAGCAAGCCUUCGGCGGCCCCCCAGAGCUAUGCCUCGGAGGGAGUGAAGAACAAUGAUAUCUUCCAGCUCCCCGGAUCUGACUAUAAGCUCAUUGUCCUGGUGACUUUGAUCGCUGCUGUGGUCCGUUUGUUCAGAAUCUAUCAACCCACAAGCGUGGUCUUUGAUGAAGUCCACUUCGGUGGAUUUGCAUCCAAGUAUAUCAAGGGAAAGUUCUUUAUGGAUGUUCACCCUCCGCUGGCUAAAUUGCUGCUCACACUGGCUGGCUGGCUGGCCGGUUUCGAUGGCAACUUCGAUUUCAAGGAUAUUGGCAAAGACUACCUGGAGCCCGGCGUGCCCUAUGUGGCGAUGCGCAUGCUCCCAGCUAUCUUGGGUGUUUUGACGGUCCCUUUGAUGUUCCUUACUCUCCGAGUGACUGGGUGCCGGAGCUCGACUGCGGCCCUCGGUGCUGGCCUUGUCAUUUUUGACAAUGCUUUGGUUACUCAAUCCCGUCUGAUUCUUCUCGACUCCCCAUUGAUCUUCUUUACCGCUCUCACGGCUCUAGCAUUCAACUGCUUUACAAACCAGCAAGAGCUGGGACCCGCCUAUGCUUUCCGCGGACCGUGGUGGUUCUGGCUAGUCUUUACCGGUCUCUCUCUUGGCGCGACAUUGAGCGUCAAGUGGGUUGGUCUCUUCACUAUGGCGUGGGUAGGCUCCCUCACAGCUCUCCAAUUGUGGGUUUUGCUGGGUGACAACAAGACUGUUACUCCACGCCUGUGGUUGAAGCAUUUCUUCUCUCGGGUUUUCUGCCUCAUUGUCAUUCCCGUGGGCUUCUACCUUGCUAUGUUUGGUGUUCACUUCAUGUGUCUGGUGAACCCCGGAGAGGGUGACGGGUUCAUGUCCUCGGAAUUCCAGGCGACAUUGAACUCCAAGUCGAUGCAAGACGUUCCCGCUGAUGUUUCUUUCGGAUCCAGAGUCAGCCUGCGCCACCUGAACACCCAGGGCGGAUACCUGCACUCUCACCCUCACAUGUACCCAACCGGCAGCAAGCAGCAGCAAAUCACACUAUACCCCCACAAGGAUGAGAACAACCUGUUCAUUUUGGAAAACACCACUCAGCCCCUUGGUCCCUACGGAGAGGUUGAGGGCCCAUAUGCAUGGGACAACAUGACCGAUCCUGGUUUCAUUGUAGACGGAUCUAUCAUCAGACUUUAUCACUCAAUCACUCACCGAAGAAUUCACUCUCACGACGAGCGCCCACCAGUCACUGAGGCUGACUGGCAGUACGAGGUCUCCGCCUAUGGAUAUGAGGGCUUUGCUGGUGAUGCCAAUGAUCUGUUCAAGGUUGAGAUUGUUCCAUCCAUGUCUGAAACACCGGAGUCCAAGAAGAGACUGCGAACCAUUCAGUCCAAGUUCCGAUUGGUGCAUGUCAUGACCGGCUGUGUUCUGUUUUCCCACAAGGUCAAGCUCCCGGAUUGGGGAUGGGAACAGCAGGAAGUGACCUGCGCUAAGGGCGGUACUCUUCCCAACAGUGUUUGGUAUAUCGAGCAGAACCAACACCCCGCAAUGCCCGCGGACGCUGAGAAGGUCAACUACCGUAACCCCGGAUUCCUGGGCAAGUUCUGGGAAUUGCAAAAGGUUAUGUGGACCACCAACGCCGGCUUGGUUGAAUCCCACGCCUGGGACUCCCGCCCUCCCUCUUGGCCCACUCUCCUUCGUGGUAUCAACUUCUGGGGCAAGGACCACCGUCAGAUCUACCUCCUCGGAAACCCCCUCAUCUGGUGGUCGACCACCCUGGCCAUUGGUAUCUACUUUGUCUUCAAGGCUCUUUCCGUCAUCCGUUGGCAGCGAAGCUGUAAUGACUACAAGCACGUCUCCUUCAAGCGCUUUGACUACGAAGUGGGCACCAGUGUUCUGGGUUGGUUCUUCCACUACUUCCCAUUCUACCUCAUGGCCCGUCAGCUCUUCUUGCACCAUUAUCUCCCUGCGCUCUACUUUGCCAUCAUGGUUCUCUGCCAAGAGUUCGAUUUCUUGACCAACCGCAUCAAGAGCUUUGGUCUGGUGUCUAAGCCUGCCAUUGGCAAGACCCUGAUGGCAGCCUUCUUGGGCCUUAGCAUUGUUGUGUUCACACUUUAUGCUCCUCUUGUGUACGGCAACCCUUGGACCAGGGAUGCUUGCAACAAGGUGAAGCUUAUGGGAUCAUGGGACUUUGACUGCAACACCUUCCACAGCGACUUGAGCGAGUACGUCACUCAAUACGUGCCAAACGUGCCUGUAGCUGCACCCACAACUGCAGCCCAAGCACCUCCCCCGCCACCACCUGUCCAGGCUCAAGAGCCCGCCCCAGCCAACGAAGCUGUUGGUGCUGCCGAGGCCUCUGACCCUGCAGCCGUCACCGCACCUAAGAUUCAAGGAUCCAUGGCCCGCGUUGAGUACCGUGAUCAGAACGGUAAAGUUCUUGAUCAAGAACUCGUUGCUUCGCUCCGGGCGGAGGGCAAAGUGAAGUUCGAGACUCGCUAUGAGCCUGGCCACAAGAUGGAGAAUGCACACGAAGUUCCUAUCGUUGACGGCCAGCUCGCACCACCGCACCCCGAUGUGCAGGGCCAGAACCCUGAGACUGGUAGUGCUCCUGAGGACUCCGUGCCUCCAGAGAGCCCUGCCUCUGUGGCUGAGGGCAACGAGCGUUCCGUUGAGAAGCCAAGCUCUAUGGAAGCUAAGCCUGCCAGCGAAGGGAAUGAGGCUACUCAAUAG